CCCACCACAGACAGAUUUCAUGUACGGCGGACUGACGCACGGUCCUAAAAUAAUAACACAUGCAAAUAAAUGGACACAGCCUAGACUAUUGAACAUGUAUGCAAAUGGCAUCAGUGCGCGUAACCACGCCGCCGCGUCGCAGGGUAGGAGUGGUAAGGUGAGGGUGUGUAGGCCAAGUGUUUUCUUAAAACCGCUAUUUCGAUGAGCGACAAAAGUCAGAAGGGCCUGGUACACAGUGCGCCCAUCGGACUGUGCCAUACGCAACUCCGGACAGACGCAACGGAGAGACCGGACAAACAGAGGACGGAGCAGCGGAGAGCGACGACGCAGAGAGCGGGUCCGGCGGCCGUUUUGUGUGCGCUCCGGAGAUGGAGGUGACCAACCACAGCAUGCACGGCCACUCCAGAGUGGACUGUGGAAAUCGCGAUGGUUUGAUCAAUCGAACCAGCGGGGAUUCGGAGGUGACCGUGCGCCUGUCUCCUCCCGGGAAACGGACAACUCCAAUAGAAGGAGACGACCUGUACACGCUGAGAGACAGAAAGUUUUUAUUGGAGGCUAAAAAGCGCCUGUGCGCCUUAGCUCUGGGCACUGCUCUGUUCGGGAUACUGCUCAUGAUAAUCCACGCAGAGAUGUGUCCCAUUUUUUAUGAUCCGGGUUCAGAAAUGGCCCUAAUCAUCAACGGUUUCAUUAGCCUGUCCACCGGGUGUCUCCUCAUCCUCAUCAUCGCUUUCCAUUAUAAAGACAUCCAGUUGUUUAUCAUAGAUCAUCAUCAGGUGGACUGGCGUAUCGCUAUGACCAGUCACCGGGUCUUUGUGAUCAUACUGGAGCUGGUGGUCUGUGCCAUCCAUCCUGUUGGCACAUACUGGGAGGCGGUUUUGCCUUCCAACUCCUCCUCAUCAGCACCGCUCUGCAUUUCCAGCCACCACGGCCCUGUCCUCGUCAACAUGGAGCUCCUGUUAUCAGUCCUCAUGUUCCUCCGUUUUUACUUGGUGCACAGGGCCAUCCUGCUGCACAGCAAAGUGCUCCUGAGCGCCUCCUACAGGAGCAUCGGCUCGCUCAAUAACAUCAACUUCACCUUCCGCUUCGUCCUCAAGGUACUGAUGAACAAAUAUCCUGGUCGGACACUACUGGCCAUCAUCCUCUCAUUCUGGCUCGUUUCGUCCUGGAUGCUUACUCGCUGUGAAAGGCAGACGACAGCGCCGGCUAACCACAUGAGCACGGCCCUGUGGCUCAUCGUCAUCACCUUUCUUACUGUGGGCUACGGUGAUGUGGCGCCCAAAACCAGCUGUGGCAAAAUGGUUUGCCUCUUCACAGGAGUCAUGGGUGUAGCCUGCACUGCCAUGUUGGUUGCAGUUGUUACUAAGAAGCUGGAUUUAAACAAAGGAGAGAAACAUGUGCACUUCUUCAUGCUGGAUAUUCAGAUCUCUAAAAGGAUCCGCCAUGCUGCUGCUAAUGUGCUUAGGGAAUGCUGGCUUCUGCACCGCGCAAACCUGACAAAGGGCAACCGCGGUGAGCACCGAAGACACCAGCGAUGCCUUCUGGAAGCCAUCAGAGCAUUUCGGCAAUUACGGCUCAAACAAAGAAAGCUGAGAGAUUAUGCCAGUGAGAUGGUGGACUUCCCAAAGUUGCAGAUGAUCAUGUGUGACCUCAGUGCCAAUUGGAAUAACUGCUAUCGGGAGCUGGAGGAGCGUAUCCUCUCCAUGGAGCAGAAGCUAGAUGAGCUGAACCGCUGCUUCCAACAGACAUCUGAGCUACUGUCUCAGUUCUUACGGCACCGUAACCCAGAAAUAAGGUGACACAACAAUAUGAACUUCAGGAGCAGACAGAUGUAUUGUCUCUGGUAUUUUAAUUUUCACUAAUCAUGAAAAUGAGACGGUGAAUCCUCUCCACUGAGGGCUGGUCCAGACUGUUAACAUGCUGAACCACUUGGAGGACUGGCAUACCUACAAAAGAUCUCAUCUUCUGGCCUGGUGCUGAGUGCACUGCAGCAUGACUCAUAGCUGUAAAAUUACAAAGAACUAUGGAAGAAUCACAGUUCCUUUUUUUUUUUUUUUAAUCGCCAGUGUUUUUUUAAUCACUUGUAAUUGUGACUAAGCACAAGAAGUGUUUUGUGAUCUACACUGUCAAAGGCUCCAGGGAUCGCUUUUACUGCUAAUUAUAAGGUUUCAUUGAUGGACUCCAUCACUGCCUAAUUCCUGUGGAAUAAGAUGUAUAUUUUACAUGUUAAUUUUAUUGAUUUUUUCUGGCAAUAUUUAACAGUGUUAUUAAUCUAAUCUACUUCAUGAAAUUCUUUUUCAGAUUUACUUUUUUAGGGUGCAGGCUAAAUGGUUAUUGAGUUGAAUAUCAAUUCCUAAAUGUCUACAGAGGGUUAUUCAUCUGGUCAUGUAUUCAUUCUAACAAUUACUCAUUGUUAUGCUUUGUGUGAAUGAAAUAACAGAUCUCACAUUCAAGUGAAAGAAAAGAGGGGCAUUUAUUUCAAAAUAUAAAGUCAUGGGUUGUCAUGAUUUCAUGUGGGAAUACAUUUCACAGUUUCACCCAGUACAAAAGCCAUGGAGGCAGAGUGUAAUUUGCUUUGAAGACUCGUUUUUUUUGUGACCAAACAGCUCCAUCUAGUGGAAAAACUGUGUAAACAACAUCAGAUUAAGAACUAACAAUAAACAUAAAAAUUGAGAAAAAUCCUCAAAGAAUGCAAAUUUUAAUUUGGAAUGCCAAUAACUUUCCAUAACGUAUAAGUCUGCAUAUGAUACUAAAAGAUAGACCAGAAACCCACAGAUCAACAGACAGAACUAACAAACCUCACUGAUAAAGAGCACUUUGUGAGAAAAAAAUGGCAUAACUGGACUUACUCUGUUUCUUGAGGAAAGACUGGAGUUUCUGUUUUAAUUUAGUCAAACAUUGACACAUGUUCCUUAUCAAUUCUAACUUGGGGUCAAUUAAACUUUGGAGGAAUUUUCUCUAACCCUGUUUACUAUGUAUCAUUUGCACAUGGCUAAAGCAUGUUGAGUGUCCAGAUAUGCUUGUUAUUAAAAGCCAUUAAUUAAGACUG